UAAAAAUUUAUUUGCCAUUAUAUUGAAGACCUUUUUGGAGUCCUCCCAAAUGGUGAAACAGCACAAAGAUCUUGAUAAAACCCUAGAUGAGCUAGUCAAGGAAGACAAGAAAAAGAAGGCCACUGCAAAGCACCAACAAGGCGGAUUCAAGAAUGUCAACAGGAAGAAGCAAAAGAAGAAUCAUGUUGUCAACAAGAGGAAAGAAAAAGUGGUCUAUACUAAGAAAAUUGUGUUUAAUGGCGACAGGAAGCAUAGAAGGGAGCGUAAAACCGAUCGCCAGCGAGGAAAUAGUAAUGGAGCAAGAUCCAAAAUACUUCAAGUAGGAAACCUUGACUUCAAAGUCUCUUGUGAAGACUUACAAGACAUUUUUUCAAAAUGAGGUGCAGUCCAGAGUGUGAUAAUGGAAAAAAAUGCUAAAGGGAAGUUCCUCGGAGUGGCUGAUAUUUGCUAUAGUAACCCAAAAGAGGCAGAGAAAGCCUUGAAGUAUUUCUCAAAUGCCGAGUUGGAUGGAAGAGUUCUCUGAAUUUCUUACAAACACUAAUUGAUAGUAAUUAAUAU